UUGGGGGUGGAAUUAUUGGAGUAUAAAACACUUUUAAGUAUAACAACAGUCACCAAUCAGGCAGAGCAGAGUAACACGAAUGAGCAGAGUAAUAUUAUCAUCAUAGAGUGAUUUUCAGGCAUUCAAAUCACCAAGCAGGAACACGUAUGAGCAAAAAUGAUCAGGCAGAGGCCGCAGAGCAGAGUAACAAACUAACAAUCACCAAGCAGAAAUAGGGGAGAGUGAGGGGGAGGGAGACCACAAACCCAAGCAGUGUUGUCGACCACUUGAAAGUUGAGCACGAGCAGCGUUCACAGGAGACUUGACAGCAAGGUGGACUGAGAAUGGCGAAGGAAGGAGAGAGGACAGAACUGAGAACGGCGACGGCGAGAGCCGAGAAGCCGAGAACGAUGGUCGCUGUCGAGAAGCUGAAGCAGAGGAACUGGGAAAGAAGGGCUUCUAUUUUCUUUUUCAUGUUUUUUUUUUUUAAUUUCUGAACCCACGAGUUAAAAAAAUCCACCCCGAGUUAACUUGGUCAAAAUGAAACAGCAAAACCAAACCAAACACAUGGUCAGUUCACCAGUUCAACCGGUUUUAAAAACCACGAGGAAGACAUUACUUUUUUAGGCCGUAACCAAGAACGAUGCAAAUAUGAAUUUUGUCUAUUUAUUUCUGAAAUAUUUGUUGUGACAAAUUAUAAUAAAUAGUAAUACUAGAAAUCAUUCAGUUUAAUUUCAUUCGUGGCUGGUUUCUGGAAUUCUGGGUAAUUAUUAAUUAAUGUUGGGCUUUGCGAACGUCUCUUAUUCUCUGUAAUUUCCCAGGUUGAAAUCUUCCCCGGAAAUCGACAAUUUCUUGAGGCUUUUACCAUUUAUCACAUUUCGAUUCAAAGUGCAUGCGCAUCGAAUCGUGGUCAUGACUGGGUGAUUGCGUUCUUAUAAAUUACUAUUAGAGAUUUAAUUGUGAUUCGGUUAUUAAGCUAUGGUGAAGGACACUACGUACUACGAUACAUUGGAUGUCCAAGUUGAUGCGUCCCCUGCAGAGAUCAAGAAGGCCUAUUAUGUCAAGGCAAGGUUAGUUCACCCAGAUAAGAAUCCUGGAGAUCCCACAGCUGCCAAAAAUUUUCAGCAACUUGGUGAGGCAUACCAGGUCUUGAGUGAUCCUACAAAGCGUGAAGCGUAUGAUAAGAAUGGAAAGUCAGGAGUACCACCAGAGUCCAUGUUAGACCCUACAGCUGUAUUUGGAAUGUUGUUUGGGAGUGAAUGCUUUGAAGAAUAUAUCGGGCAACUUGCAUUGGCUUCACUGGCAUCUAUAGAAGUUGAGGAAGACCUACAGGACCCUGAAGUUCGUAAGCUGAUAAUUCAAGAGAAGAUAAAAGCAUGGCAGAAAGAUAGGGAAGAAAAGCUUAUAACUGCUCUUAUACAUCACCUCCAACUAUUUGUUGAUGGUCAAACAGAAGAAUUUACAACAUGGGCAAAUUCAGAAGCAUCCCAACGUUCACAAGCCGCUUUUGGAGAGGCCAUGCUGCACACAAUUGGGUAUAUCUACACGCGAAAAGCUGCAAAAGAAAUUGGAAGGGGUAACCGAUAUAUGAGAGUACCUUUUUUAGCAGAGUGGGUAAGAGACAAAGGACACAAGAUCAAGUCACAGGUCAUGGCUGCUUCAGGAGCUGUGAACUUGAUUCAAAUCCAAGAAGAGCUGAAGAAGCUAAACCAAGGAGGAGAAAACAAAGAUGAAAACUUGGAAAAAGCUAUAGAAGAUAAGAAGGAUGCCAUGAUUCAUUCCCUUUGGCAGAUCAACGUGGUUGAUAUUGAAACAACUCUCUCACAUGUCUGCCUCGCUGUUCUUAGAGAUCCUGGUGCCAGCAAAGAUGCUUUAAGGCUAAGGGCUAGAGGCCUGAAAAAGUUAGGAACCAUUUUCCAAGGUGCUAAGGCUGCAUAUGUCAGAGAAAACAGUCUACGCAAUGAAACUGACCCAAAGAAUCAAAAUGACCAAAAAACAGCCGCUGCUUCUUCAUCAUAGUUUUAUAUGUUGUGAAUUCUUUUGUUAGUUUAAUUUUUCUAUUGAGCUAUGAAACAUGUCAUUCCAAGGGGGAAAGUUCACAAAUAUAUAAUUCGACAUGUACAUGGGACUAACCUCUCAUGUUUAAUUAGUAUAUAUAUAUAUAUAUAUAUUUU